AUGGCCAAAUCAAUUCGUGAGGUUGCCAGAUGGAUUUUGCGCAACACCCUCAUCUCCAGUGAAAGCCUAACUCCGGAGAUACGUCUCCGACUUAUCACUGAGCAAAGUUCUCUGUGGAGAAGUAAACCUGAGUUAUGUCCUUUCGUCGAUCCCUUCUGGGCCUUUUAUUGGCCAGGAGGUCAAGCAGUAACGCGAUACAUUCUCGACAAUGUUUCCCUAUUCUAUGGAGCAAAUGUGCUAGAUUUUGGAUGUGGAUGUGGCUCAGCGAGUAUUGCCGCGUCUAUGGUCGGUGCAAACGUUAUUGCCAACGACAUUGACGAAAGUGAGAGACAGUUUUUUCGAAAGCUUUUGUUAUAA